AGGAGCCUGGGCUGAAUCCCUGACACUUUUCUGCUACCUUUUCUCACCAGGGGGCCUGGCUGUGGAUUGGGUCCAUGAUAAACUCUACUGGACUGACUCAGGGACGUCAAGGAUUGAGGUGGCCAAUCUGGAUGGGGCCCACCGGAAGGUGCUGCUGUGGCAGAACCUUGAGAAGCCCCGGGCCAUUGCCUUACACCCCAUGGAAGGUACCAUUUACUGGACAGACUGGGGCAAUACCCCCCGCAUUGAGGCCUCUAGCAUGGAUGGCUCUGGACGCCGCAUCAUCGCCGAUACUCAUCUGUUCUGGCCCAAUGGCCUGACCAUCGACUAUGCCGGGCGCCGUAUGUAUUGGGUGGAUGCUAAGCACCACGUAAUUGAGAGGGCCAAUCUGGAUGGGAGUCACCGCAAGGCUGUCAUUAGCCAAGGCCUUCCACAUCCCUUUGCUAUCACGGUGUUUGAAGAUAGCCUGUACUGGACAGACUGGCACACCAAGAGCAUCAAUAGUGCUAACAAAUUUACUGGGAAGAACCAGGAAAUCAUUCGCAACAAACUCCACUUUCCCAUGGACAUCCACACCUUGCACCCCCAGCGCCAACCUGCAGGAAAAAACCGCUGUGGGGACAACAACGGAGGUUGCACUCAUCUAUGUCUGCCCAGUGGUCAGAACUACACCUGUGCCUGCCCCACUGGCUUCCGCAAGAUCAGCAGCCAUGCCUGUGCCCAGAGUCUUGACAAGUUCCUGCUUUUUGCCCGAAGGAUGGACAUCCGUCGGAUCAGCUUUGACACAGAGGACCUGUCCGAUGAUGUCAUCCCACUGGCUGACGUGCGCAGUGCUGUGGCCCUUGACUGGGACUCCCGGGAUGACCACGUGUACUGGACAGAUGUCAGCACUGAUACCAUCAGCAGGGCCAAGUGGGAUGGAACAGGACAGGAGGUGGUAGUGGACACCAGUUUGGAGAGCCCUGCAGGCCUGGCCAUUGAUUGGGUCACCAAUAAGCUAUACUGGACAGAUGCAGGUACAGACAGAAUUGAAGUGGCCAACACAGAUGGAAGCAUGAGGACAGUACUCAUCUGGGAGAACCUUGAUCGUCCUCGGGACAUCGUGGUGGAACCCAUGGGCGGGUACAUGUAUUGGACUGACUGGGGUGCAAGCCCCAAGAUUGAACGAGCUGGCAUGGAUGCCUCGGGCCGACAGGUCAUCAUCUCUUCUAACCUGACCUGGCCUAAUGGAUUAGCCAUUGACUAUGGAUCCCAGCGGCUAUACUGGGCUGAUGCCGGCAUGAAGACCCCCUCUUUCUUUAUUCCCAAGUACAUGUAUUGGACUGACUGGGGUGCAAGCCCCAAGAUUGAACGAGCUGGCAUGGAUGCCUCGGGCCGACAGGUCAUCAUCUCUUCUAACCUGACCUGGCCUAAUGGAUUAGCCAUUGACUAUGGAUCCCAGCAGCUAUACUGGGCUGAUGCCGGCAUGAAGACUAUUGAAUUUGCUGGCCUGGAUGGCAGCAAGAGGAAGAUGUGCCACUUUUGCAUGAACAGUUUCCUCAUCUUCGCCAGGAGGAUAGACGUACGCAUGGUCUCCCUGGACAUCCCUUAUUUUGCUGAUGUGGUGGUACCAAUCAACAUUACCAUGAAGAACACCAUUGCCAUUGGAGUGGACCCCCAGGAAGGAAAAGUAUACUGGUCUGACAGCACGCUGCACAGGAUCAGUCGUGCGAAUUUGGAUGGUUCACAGCAUGAGGACAUCAUCACCACAGGACUACAGACCACAGAUGGGCUUGCAGUAGAUGCCAUUGGCCGGAAGGUAUACUGGACAGAUACGGGAACGAACAGGAUUGAAGUGGGCAACCUGGACGGGUCCAUGCGGAAAGUGUUGGUGUGGCAGAACCUUGACAGUCCCCGGGCCAUUGUAUUGUACCACGAGAUGGGGUUCAUGUACUGGACGGACUGGGGGGAGAAUGCCAAGUUAGAACGGUCCGGAAUGGAUGGCUCAGACCGCACUGUGCUCAUCAACAACAACCUAGGAUGGCCCAAUGGACUGACUGUGGACAAAGCCAGCUCCCAACUGCUGUGGGCUGAUGCCCACACUGAGCGAAUCGAGGCUGCUGACCUGAAUGGUGCCAAUCGGCACACAUUGGUGUCACCAGUGCAGCACCCAUACGGCCUCACCCUGCUUGACUCCUAUAUCUACUGGACUGACUGGCAGACCCGUAGCAUCCACCGUGCUGACAAGGGAACUGGCAGCAAUGUCAUCCUGGUGAGGUCCAACCUGCCAGGCCUGAUGGACAUCCAGGCUGUGGACCGGGCACAGCCAUUGGGUUUUAACAAGUGCGGCUUGAGAAACGGUGGCUGCUCACACCUCUGCUUGCCUCGGCCUUCUGGCUUCUCCUGUGCCUGUCCCACUGGCAUCCAGCUGAAGGGAGAUGGGAAGACUUGUGAUCCCUCUCCUGAGAUCUACCUGCUUUUCUCCAGCCGUGGCUCCAUCCGGCGUAUCUCACUGGACACCAGUGACCACACGGAUGUGCAUGUCCCUGUUCCUGAGCUCAACAAUGUCAUCUCCCUGGAUUAUGACAGUGUGGAUGGAAAGGUCUAUUACACAGAUGUGUUCCUGGAUGUCAUCAGGCGAGCAGACCUGAAUGGCAGCAACAUGGAGACAGUGAUCGGGCGUGGGCUGAAGACCACGGAUGGGCUGGCAGUGGACUGGGUUGCCAGGAACCUGUAUUGGACAGAUACAGGCCGAAAUACCAUUGAGGCAUCAAGGCUGGAUGGUUCCUGCCGAAAAGUGCUGAUCAACAACAGCCUGGAUGAGCCCCGGGCCAUCGCUGUUUUCCCCAGGAAGGGGUACCUCUUCUGGACAGACUGGGGCCACAUUGCCAAGAUUGAACGGGCCAACCUGGAUGGCUCUGAGCGGAAGGUCCUCAUCAACACAGACCUGGGUUGGCCCAAUGGCCUUACCCUGGACUAUGAUACCCGCAGGAUCUACUGGGUAGAUGCACAUCUGGACCGGAUUGAGAGCGCUGACCUCAAUGGAAAGCUACGGCAGGUCUUGGUCAGCCAUGUCUCCCACCCCUUUGCCCUCACACAGCAGGACAGGUGGAUCUACUGGACAGACUGGCAGACCAAGUCAAUCCAGCGUGUUGAUAAGUACUCAGGCCGGAACAAGGAGACGGUUUUGGCAAAUGUGGAAGGGCUCAUGGAUAUCAUCGUGGUUUCCCCUCAACGGCAGACAGGGACCAAUGCCUGUGGUGUGAAUAAUGGUGGCUGUACCCACCUCUGCUUUGCCAGAGCCUCGGACUUUGUGUGUGCCUGUCCUGACGAGCCUGAUGGCUGGCCCUGCUCCCUUGUACCUGGCCAGGUGCCCCCAGCUCCUCGGGCUACCAGCAUGAGUGAACAGAGCCCAGUGCUACCCAACACACUACCUACCACCUUGCGUUCUUCUACCAUGCGGACCCACACAUCUCUGGAGGAGGUGGAAGGCAGAUGCUCUGAAAGGGACGCCCGGCUGGGCCUCUGUGCACAUUCCAAUGAGGCCAUACCUGCUGCUUCAGGGGAAGGACUUCACAUCAGCUAUGCCAUUGGUGGACUCCUCAGUAUUCUGCUGAUUUUGGUGGUGAUUGCAGCUUUGAUGCUGUACAGACACAAAAAAUCCAAGUUCACAGAUCCUGGAAUGGGGAACCUGACCUACAGCAACCCCUCCUACCGAACUUCCACCCAGGAAGUGAAAAUUGAAGCAAUCCCCAAACCAGCCAUGUACAAUCAACUGUGCUAUAAGAAAGAGGGAGGGCCUGACCAUAACUACACCAAGGAGAAGAUCAAGAUUGUAGAGGGAAUCUGCCUCCUAUCUGGGGACGAUGCUGAGUGGGAUGACCUCAAGCAACUGCGCGGCUCACGGGGGGGCCUUCUCCGGGAUCACGUAUGCAUGAAGACAGACACAGUGUCCAUCCAGGCCAGCUCUGGCUCCCUGGAUGACACGGAGACAGAGCAGCUGUUGCAGGAAGAGCAGUCUGAGUGUAGCAGCGUCCAUACUGCAGCCACUCCAGAAAGACGGGGCUCUCUGCCAGACACGGGCUGGAAGCAUGAACGCAAGCUCUCCUCAGAGAGCCAGGUCUAAAUGCCCACGUCCUCUUCCCUGCCUGCCUGUUCCUUCUCCUUUAUGGACCUCCAGUCCUAGUGCUCACUUACACAGAAGGCCCCUUUUCUAUGUGCUCGUUCUUCUCCUCCUAUCCCAUAACUGCUCCCAAGCCCAGGCUGUUUUCAACCUGAAUCCAUAACUACGUGUGCACAAGAAAUGAUGGCACAUAGCAAGAAUUUAGACCUAAAUUUUACCAUGAAUCUCACCUCUUACACUCCAUCCUGGGCCCUUGAAACUGGGUUUAGUAAUAACUCCUCGUCAGUGUAGACCUCCACCACCCCUUCCCCUGGGACUCUCAGUGCCUGCCCCAUAGCAUUGACACAGCUGAUCACCCAAGACUGCACUCUCCCCCAUCACAGCUGGCAUGACCUCCUCAAUGAGAGAACUUGCCUGCCAGGGGCUGGGGCAGGGGGUUGUGGGUAAAGAGAGUGAUGAAGGAUAGAGGCUGAGAGAAGAGAAGGUCAGCCCAGCUGGUAUGGGCAUCUGAGAAACCUCCAGUCUCAAGUGUGUUGGUAAUAUGAAAAAGCUUUGGGGGGUAGUUGUGCCUAAGUGUCCUGUCCAUUGCUGGCAGUGGACAUUGUUCUCGCCUCAGGAAUCACUGCUUUUCCAGCUGCAGAUACUGGUGAGAUGUAAGUGUUCUCAAGCUGUUCUUCCUCCUGCUGGAAUAUCUGGAGCCACUGUUACCUUCAAAUGACUGGGAGCCCCUGACACCCUCCACUGGCUGAUAAGAAUUCCCUCCUGGUGCCACCAUUGGCCGGUACCUUUCCUAAGUCUUUAAGUAACCAGGUUGUGAGCCAGUGGCUUGAGUGAAUGUUGGGCCAUGGAGGCUGAGUCUCUAAAACGUCUAAGAAGCCCUGCCUAGACCAAACAUAGCAUACCACCUGAACUUUAAUGUUCCGCCACUCUCACCCUUAUUCUCUGGGAUGCUAAGGAAAGAGAUUCUGAAAAAAUCUUUCAAAGACCAGAAUUUUUCGUAAAUGGUCAGGAAGAGCAGUUGGAUUAGAGACUUGGGACACUCAGGGCCUAAAUGGAAGUAUCCAUGAGGUUGAACCUCCUGUGUUCUUUCUCAAGUGCUCAGGGAUCUAAGUCAGUGGACAGAGAGCCUGUGGCUAUGGAGUGGUGAAGUUCCUAUUGUAACUCUUCUCAGCUGAGUGACUUACUUUCCAUGCUGAGAUGCCAUCAUUUGGUUCAUGUGCAUUCACACAAAGGUCAUGUGUUCCGCUAGUAUCAGGGGAGUUGAGACUGUUUUCUGCCCUACAACCUCUCCCUAUUUCUAUUUUUUUAUUUUGGCCCAAUUUUCCUUUUCCUUUUUUUGAUGGCUGUCCAGUGCGGGGAUCCUAACUCUUCACCUUGGUGUUAUCGGCACCAUGCUCUCCCAAGUGAGCUAACUGGCCAGCCCCACCAAUUUGCUUUUUCUGACCUAGCCUUGUGGCAGCAGCAAUCUCCAAAGUCCUAUGGAGGAGGACUAAAUAAAGAUGCAAAGGGGUGGGCAAGGAGUAGAAAGAUAGAACCACUCAUGAAGCCCUCCCAGCCCAGGGAAGACCCACGACUUUUCUCUCCAGGACGUAGAAGUAAUAGGACAAGAUGAUAGGGAUAAGAAUGGAGGGGAGGGCUUCUAGGGGAAGUUUCCUCAUUUGAAACAUGUCCCGUGGUUAUUGGUAUUGAGAAACCAGCUGUCAAACAUGGGUGAAAAAGAAGGAUAAGAUCAAAUCUUUUCUGGUAGGUUCUAAGACUGUUAGAGACAGAUGCCAAGCCCUCAGCCCCACUCUCGGUAGCCAGCCCCAGAUCUGGGCCUACCUAUACAGUGAGGCCUGGCUAAUGAGGCUUUUCCAGUGCAGGAAGUGGGAAAGGUGAGGUGCCACUUCCAGGAGGAAAGGGGGACAUUUCACACGUGAUGAGGCAGUAAAAGAAGGAGCACUUUGGGUCCUCCGACUCACAGUUGGGGAGGAGGAGAAAAUAGAAAGGUGGCAUUUUCCUGAUUGGAAAGGGGAAAGGAUCUUAUUGCACUUGGGCUAUUCAGAAUGUAGAAAGGACAUAUUUGAGGAAAUAUCUAUUGGAGCACUGAUUUACUCUGUAAAAAGCAAAAUCUCUCUGUCCUAAACUAAUGGAAGUGAUUCUCCUGCGCUCAUGUGUAAUGGUUUUAACGUUACUCACUGGAGAGAUUGGACUUUCUGGAGUUAUUUAACCACUAUGUUCAGUAUUUUAGGACUUUAUGAUAAUUUAAUAUAAAUUUAGCUUUUCUUAAUCACCU